ACCAACUGUGACUGGUACAUCCUGUUCGUGGCGCUCAUAGACUUAGUCUCCUGCACCUUCAAGAACACCUCUUACUUGAUGGAGUACCUAAGUGUCUGGGCGUCGUACACAAACUCCAACUACUGCAAGUUCACGGCGUGGAUAAGUCAAAGCAUGGUCUGUGUCUCCAUCUUCUUGUUUGCUCUGAUAGCCAUAGACAGAUACAUGAAGCUGUGUCACACUGCCAGUGCAUCCAUCACUCCAGCAGCGUCCAGGAAUGUCACUUUGGUUCUGACUUUGGUAAACGCAGCCCUGGCGGCUCCAUGCCUGGUGAUAUUUGACAACAACUCUCGAGGGGUGUGCCAGGUACAAGAGAGCAUGAAAACGAGCCUGAUCACUGCUUAUUAUAGCUUCCUGUUCACAUUGUUUCUGAUUAUGAUGGCUAUUGUCAUAUUUUGCUACGUUAGAAUAGCGAUCAAGGUAAGACAAUCAAGAAGAGUUAGACCUAUACCAGAGACAUCCAAGAGUGAAGCUAUGACUAGAAGUGAAGAUGGUGGCGAAGAUUAUUUCACAAACCCCAACGUACCACAGCAGCAAUCUACGAAAGACGGUGAACUUCGUGAGGUCGAGGGUAGACAAAACAAUAUUCAGCUUACAGUUGUGGCCCCAAGAGUCAGAUUCCAAUCACCCAAUCGUGGAGUAAAUGUGUUACCUCAGAUAUAUCCGGCUCUAAACACGGAAAUACACCCCGCCCUGGCAACAUCUGUUGAAGCCGAUCAUGAAGAAAAUCUGGACGUUCUUAAUCAAAUUCAAACCAGGAGAAAGUUCCUCCGUCAGCAGAGGAAUCUUCGAGUAACCUCCCUUCUCUUCGUGAUAACCGCCAUUUUUAUCCUGAGCUGGAUGGCACCCUAUGCUGCUAUGGUAAAAGGUUUAUACGUCGGAUUCCGUUACCCACUCUCUUUGGGCGACCUUGUCUUGGUGAUGUAUGGCCCCAAUAUCUACGUUAUUAACACCUUCUCGAAUCCCCUGGUUUACGCCAUCUUGAGCCCUUCUUAUCGGAAACUGGUGAGAAAUGUAUUGAGAAAAGUCCGUGUUAUUUCAUGGAGAGUAGUUCAAUGUAACUGAUCGUAAUCAGUGAAUGUUCAAAGACACAUUUAAAGUGAUUGUCUUACGAAAGACCAGCGAUCAGUUGAUUAGUCUUUUGUUGAUCAGAUCAGAGGUAGCCUACGGUCAAACUUUGACCAAAAGGUGUUCACCAAAUCAGUCAAUGACUGUCAAAUAAUUUUACACUGUCCUCAAAAGAGACAAUAAAUAUAUGAGGACUAUUGAUGAUCAAUAAAAUUAACAAAUCACUUUGCCAGUCCAUAGAAACUACGUAACAGAAGUCGGAUGCUGAACAUAUAAGAGACUAUGACGGUAACGACCAGUUGUAUUCAAGUGCAAUACAAGUGACCAGUAAUCUAACUAGGAGCAUUUCAAGUGGACAUAGAUGGUCAAUUUUAUAAUAUUGUUUGCCAGGUUAAAUGAAAAUCACGAUUAGAGACAUUUAUCACCAAAAUGAUAAUUACUUCCCAAAGCGCGAGGAUGUGACCUAAUUUUAAUGCUAGUGUUUACUCUGAAUAAAUACAUUAUUAUCCAUGAGGAAGUUAGUUGAAUGAACUAAACGUCACUUUCUAGUUGACUUUAUCAACCUGUUCAGAAGUCUAAUUGUGUAUGUAAUGCAUCAUUGUUUG